AUGGCGCAUGCUGACGCUAACUCUGUUAGAAUUAUCAAGGAGGCUUUAACCAUUUUUUCUAGUUUUAUAGGUCUCGGAAUUAAUCAGGGCAAAAACCUUGCUUUCUAUGGCGGUGUCAAGGAGGAAACCAAAUUCAGCAUAUUUGGGAUCAUGGGCAUUGAAGAAGGAUCGCUCCACGUCCGAUAUCUUGGUCGCAUUGAGCUGGGCGUGGUGGGAAAAAGAUCAAAUGGACGUACACAUGCAAGCCCAAAAACGAAGGAGAAAUCGGCAUCAAGGAUAGUGUCUCCUAGAACAAAACUCUCACCUAUAGGACUUUUGGGUGUUGGAAAAGAAAUAGGAUUCACUUUGGAUCAGAUGGGUACACUCGAGUUCGAAAACACACCCAUCCUUCAUAACAAUAUCAUCUCCAUCACUCAAAUCAGGAAAGAAUGUCUAUUGGCCACAGUUCAACAAGUCAAAAGCGGCGAUUGGAACAGCCUUCUAAGGAUUAUUCCAAAAGGUGUGAGAAUCUUUGACGCACUUUCAUCCUAUCAUCUGAAUAACCAUGAGGAUUUUCAUGUUUGGAGUGUUGAGAACAAUGGUAGGUUCAACUUAAGGUCUACUUGGGAUUGUGUUCGUGAUCAUGGGGACGUUGUCCCAUGGUCCCACUUAGUGUGGUCUACCAAAGUGAUCCCCAAACACCAAUUCAUUUUAUGGCUCGCCUUCCGUGAGAGACUCAAUACCCAUGAUCGGAUAAAGAAGUACAUGAGAAUCCCAGAUCCUAAUUGCCUACUUUUCUUGGUAAAUGAGGAGUCCAUUGAACAUCUCCUUGGGAACUGCCCUUUUGCCUCUUUGUUUUGGCGCAGAUUCUCCGCAUCAAUGAGCCUUCCCAGCUUCCCAAACGAAUGGACCGACAUCAAGGACCUCGCCAUCAUAAAGACCAAAAGUAACGACUUCAGCUCCAAUACCUUCAAGUGUUUUUUCGCCAACAUUGUUUAUCACAUUUGUAUAGAGAGGAACGCUAGAGCCUUCUUAGGUGUCCGCAACAAUGCGGAUAUAGUCUGA